UAAAUCAAAAAGUUGUGACUCUUGACAGCCCUUCGUGUUUAGGGUCAGAAAAUGUCAUCAUAAAUUAUCAUAAACCUUAAAUCAGAGCACUAAAUAAAUAUAAACCAAAAAUAGUUAAAGUUUCAAUGUUCCUCCAUGGGUGCCAGCAACAGCCAGCCGCAGACAGUGCCGAUGGCCAAUCCCAUCCAGAUCACCCGUGAUGUGGCAGAUCGUAUCAAUCAGGCCACUGCCAAAACCACGAACAUCUGCGAGACAUGUAAGCAAAGGUCGGAAUCGGGAGCUAUCCGCGAUACAGCCAACACAUCACAACACCAGCCGAACGAGGCAAGGGAAGUGCAGCUUGCUAACGUGGCCAAGUCCUGGAAGAAGCGCUCAUCAGAGGUCGAGGAAUCGCACUUCGAUGAGUCCGUGAAACGAGUUCAGGAGCUCUUCGGCAAGACCAAAAUGUGGGCUACGGAUUGCGCUAGCGACAUUAGAAAUCUUGAGCUUGAGGUCAUAAACUGCUACCAACGGUAUCCCCAAGAAACCCUGCAAUGCUCUGAUUUGGCCAAACAAUAUAACCAAUUUGUGUUCGGCAAGCAGAACUCGGAAAUAGCCAAGAUGAAAUCGAACCCUAGAGAUGUCGGUGAGCCCAACCUCUUCGUUUAACCCAGAGAAAGUAACUAAAGAUCACAAGUUUUACUGUCAGACGGCAUCCAUCUUCAGCCAAAUUGUAUAUAAAAUUCCAUGGACGCCAGUGGUUUCAAUAAAAUCACUUUAAAUAUUA